UCUUCAUUUUUAUAGAUGAGAAUUUUCAAAUCGGAAGCGAUGGCGGAACCGAUGAUUCUAUGUACAGGCAGCAGCCACGAUACUUUGAAAAGCUUGGUGCUCGUACUGAAUACUUCUUGGAAAACAUAUUCACUAGAUUGGGUACAUUUUUCGCAACUUACCCCUGGUUAACUUUGUUUGGAGGCGCCAGUCUUGUCACAUUGCUUGGAUACGGAAUAGUGUAUGUGGAAAUUACUACAGAUCCAGUGCAACUUUGGGCUGCACCAAGUUCAAAAUCUAGAAUAGAACGAGAAUAUUUUGAUUCUAAAUUUGAACCCUUCUUUAGAAUGGAGCAGGUGAUAAUUAAAGCCGUAGACCUACCAUACAUUGUGCAUAAUACGUCGAACGGGCCAAUAAAAUUUGGGCCUAUAUUUGCAAAGGAUUUUCUGGCUAAGGUCUUAGACCUACAGCAACAGAUUCAGAAGAUCGAGGCGAAUGGAACUUUUUUACAUAAUAUAUGUUAUGCUCCAUUGAAAGAUGACAACACUUUGGUAGAAGCUUCUGAUUGUGUUAUACAAUCAAUUUGGGGAUAUUUUCAAGAUGAUAUAAGUCGACUUGAUGAUAAUGAUGUGGAUAAUGGGUUCAAUGUAACAUAUUUGGAUGAAUUGUAUGACUGUAUAAGUAAUCCAUAUUUAUGUUUAGCUUCUUAUGGAGGACCAGUAGAUCCAGCUAUUGCAUUAGGCGGGUUCUUAAAACAUGGUGAACAACUUACAGGGUCAACAAAAUAUGAGCAAGCUAAUGCUUUAAUUUUAUCCUUUUUGGUACGAAAUCACCAUGAUAAAGGCAAGCUAGUUCAAACAUUAGAUUGGGAAAAAAAAUUUGUUGAGUUUAUGUUAAAUUAUAUAAAAUAUAAUAAAAGUAAAUCAAUGGACAUAGCUUUUACAAGUGAACGAUCGAUUGAGGAUGAAUUAAAUAGAGAGUCGCAAUCAGACGUAAUGACCGUUUUAGUAUCAUAUAUUAUUAUGUUCAUUUAUAUAGCAAUAUCCCUCGGCCAUGUACAGGAAUUAAAAAGAUCCCUUAUUGACAGUAAAAUAACAUUGGGUAUUGGAGGCGUUAUUAUAGUUUUAGCAUCCGUAGUUUCAUCCAUUGGUAUUUUUGGAUAUAUUGGAGUACCAGCAACAUUAAUUAUAGUUGAAGUUAUUCCAUUUUUAGUACUGGCAGUUGGAGUGGAUAAUAUUUUUAUCCUAGUUCAAACGUACCAAAGAGAUAAUCGUACAGCUAAUGAAACAACGGAAAAGCAGGUGGGACGAGUUUUAGGACGCGUAGGCCCUAGUAUGCUAUUAACAUCCGUAAGUGAGAGCUGUUGUUUUUUUCUUGGUAGCUUAUCUGAUAUGCCUGCUGUAAAGGCUUUUGCGCUUUACGCAGGAGUUGCGCUAUUAAUAGACUUCUUAUUACAAAUAACAUGUUUUGUUGGCUUGUUUACUUUGGACAUAAAACGAAAAGAUGAAAACCGCUUAGAUAUUUGUUGUUUUAUCAAAUGUAAAAAGUCUGAUAACUUGCCAAACAAUGAGGGACUCUUAUAUAAAUUCUUUAGAAGUGUUUAUGUUCCAUUCCUAAUGAAAAAAUUUGUUCGAGUUGUUGUAAUGGUUUUCUUUUUUGGUUGUCUUUGCGCUAGUAUAGCCUUUGUUCCGAAAAUUGAUAUCGGGCUAAAUCAAGAACUAGCUAUGCCUGAGGAUAGCUUUGUUUUGCACUACUUUAAGUCCUUAAAUGCGCAUCUUAACAUUGGUCCGCCUGUGUACUUUGUUCUUAAGGGAAAUAUUGAUUAUUCGAACAGCGUGAACCAAAAUUUAGUAUGUUCCGGGCGAUAUUGCAAUGAUGACAGUGUUUUAACACAAAUUUACUUGGCUAGUCGUAAAUCAAAUUUGACAUAUAUUGCCCGUCCAGCUUCUAGUUGGAUUGACGAUUACUUUGAUUGGGCUUUAUCGUCAAGCUGCUGCAAGUAUAAUCCAACGAAUGGAAGUUUCUGUCCCCAUCAAGAUACUUCCUGUUCAACCUGCGAAAUACAGAAAAACAGCCUUCAGCGGCCCAACGAACAUGAGUUUAGAAAAUAUCUGCCGUUUUUUUUAAAAGAUAAUCCAGACGAUUCAUGUGUAAAAGCAGGACAUGCAGCGUAUAAUGGGGCUGUUCGGUACAGCUAUGAGCAACAAAAACUCAAUAUAGACAGUUCAUAUUUUAUGGCUUAUCAUUCAAUAUUAAAAUCAUCCAGGGACUAUUUCGAAGCAUUAGAAUCAGCUAGAAAAAUAUCUGCUAAUAUUACACAAAUGUUAAAAUUUCAACUUGUCUCAAACGGAUUACCAGUUGACUUAGCAAUGCAAAUCGAAGUUUUUCCUUAUUCAGUAUUUUAUGUAUUUUAUGAACAAUAUUUAACAAUGUGGUCAGAUACUUUACAGAGCGUCGGAAUUUCAAUACUUUCCAUAUUUAUAGUAACAUUCAUUUUGAUGGGUUUUGAUGUACAUUCCGCCCUUGUUGUAGUAAUCACUAUAACAAUGAUAGUUGUUAACCUUGGGGGCCUUAUGUAUUACUGGAAUAUAUCUCUUAAUGCAGUAUCCUUAGUUAAUCUUGUGAUGGCUAUAGGAAUAUCUGUAGAGUUUUGUUCACAUCUUGUACACAGUUUUUCAUUAUCAAAAGAAUUGAAUCAAAUUAAAAGGGCUACCGAUAGUUUAUCACAGAUGGGUAGCUCGAUAUUUUCUGGUAUAACUCUUACAAAGUUUGCGGGAAUAUUAGUCCUAGCUUUUGCAAAAAGUCAAAUUUUUCAAGUAUUUUACUUUCGAAUGUACUUUGGAAUCGUAGUAAUCGGCGCAACACAUGGUUUAAUCUUUUUACCAGUUUUGCUUAGUUAUAUUGGUGCACCUAAUAGUUCUAGGCUUGAAUCUCAAAGCCAUGAAAAUUGCGAUCAGGAAACUUCUUUAUCUAGAACUACAUAAUUUAUUUACUCAUAAGAAUGUUA